CACACCCGCCCUGACUACUGGAACUAUGCCGCGGGGCCGGCCUCGCAAACUGAGAGUUAAAAGCAGCGACGGAACAGAUGCCGAUCCCAGUGAAAGUAAGGCGGAAAGUUACUGUGAUGGAGAGCUCAAGGACAAGAAGUGCACAAUAUGCUGUCAUGUCGUCACCACUGACAGCCAGCUGCAGAAGCAUCUCCGUGAGCAUGAGAGCAACGAUAAGCCUCAUCGAUGUGAUAAGUGCCCACAGACAUUCAACGUGGAGUUCAACCUCACCCUCCACAAGUCCACACACACCACCUCCGACUUCACCUGCCCUGUGUGCAAUAAAAGGUUCUCACGCAUCGCCAGCCUCAAAUCUCAUAUCAUGCUGCACGAGAAGGAGGAGAAUUUGAUCUGUGCAGAGUGUGGAGAUGAGUUUGUUCUCCAGAGUCAGCUCUCUCUGCACCUGGAGGAGCACCGCAAGGAGCUGUCGGGCAUCAAGGUCUACACCUGCAAGACCUGCGACAAGGAGUUCAAGACGUCUGCGCACCUCAAGGAGCACACGAGGACUCACGUCAAGAUGAGGCCGCUCUCCUCUAGUUCCAGAAACUACAAGAAAAACAUUGACCGUAGUGGGUUCACAAACAGCUGCCAUCACUGCGGAAAGGCUUUUAAAAAGCCCAGCCAGCUCGUCAGACACAUCCGGAUACACACAGGUGAGAGGCCCUAUAAGUGCUCGCAUUGCAGCAAGGCUUUCAACCAGAAGGUGGUGCUGCAGACUCACAUGGUGAGACACACUGGAGAGAAACCUCACCUCUGCAUGUUCUGCCCUGCUUCCUUCUCCCAGAAGGGGAACCUGCACUCCCACGUUCAGAGAGUUCAUUCUGAGCAAUAA